AUGUGGCAGGGGUUGCUCUAUAUAGCCGCUGAAGAUGAAAUCUUCAUAGCGCACAAUCGAGAUAAAGAUGUGCAAUCAGUUCUUAGAGAAAGGAAGGAUACUCCAGUGGCAUUUGAGGCCCAGACUGAGGAUGGCGAUCUGGAAAGCAUUCCUCUAGCCGGCAAGAGCAUAUCUGGAUGGCUACAUGAGUUGGAUGCCAUAGCGAAGGAAGUAGAGGAAGAGUUGGUUUCAAGAGAUAUAGUUUACCAUCGGUUAGAAGCGCUCGAAGCUGUCAAUGCUGUCCUAUUUGAACAGAGAUGCUUCAGAAGAUUGCCCAUUCUUGUGGAUUCAAAACUUUCUUAUCUCCACACUGCACUGAACUCUGGACGUGGCAGUGGUAAAUCCUCAUGCCUCCCAUCACGCGUUAUUUUACAUCUUGCUUUCUAACUGAGAUUUUCUCCGCCUUCAUGUUGUUUAUGUGGAAAUAUUAUUUCUUUGCACACUAAUUUCUCCGCUGUCCCUUGGUGAAUUUAACAAGACUUGUUUGAUUCUUACAGCCGUCAUUCUUAGCAUCAUCUACAUAGAGAUUUGUCGAAGACUCGGAGUAACCAUUCUGGGUUCUCGAUUUGGGGAAGAUUUUCUGAUUUGGCCCCAGACACAAAACCCAGAGGUAACUUGGGCCUGUCAUUCGCUCAUUCAUGCCUCUCUCGAAUUUUGUAUCUCGACUCUGAGGUUAAUCUAUCCUUAUGGAUUCCCUCAUCUUCGUUGUUCUUCAUGCCUGGAAUAAACUGUGGAUGCUGUUUUGGAGAUACUUUCCCUCAUCUUCUAUCUCUUGUAGUGGCUCGAUCCGUCUUCCGUGAUCCUUUUUGGCAGGAUUGUCCUCUGGUAAAUAGUGUGUUGUUGUGCCCCCUGGUCAAUGGCGUUGGGGCGUUCUUCAUUUCAUCUCAGGAAAGCAGGUCGUUAAUUAUCGUUGACAGGGGCUGAUGGAAAGCAUCGAGAGGCUUCAUAUAAUACUUGUUUUUAAGAAUAUCGACUCCGGCUUCCGAGGAAUUGCUCCUAAUAUCCAGAUUCAUCGGGUCGUUUUGCGCUUUUCUUUUGUAGGAGAUUUUCAGGGUUUCCUCGGGGCACAGUCUGUUUGCCAGAGUCAAUGGGAGGCGUGUUGAGGAUCCUAGAACGAAGGCUUCUGACCUGAACAGCAAAUCACUUCUCGGACUUGACAUUGCUACUAACAAGGAUAUUAUUGGGAUUGCGCUGGCUGAUUUGAUUGUAAGUCGUAUACGACGUUGCCCAUUCAUGCCAGCGUUUAAACAUGGUCUUUAAAACUUUCACUCUCCUCAUUCUGUCUCCUACGGUCUAACCCGAAAUGAUCUCUGAAAUUCCAUUCUGUUAAUUGUAGAGGGUUCACUGGAAACGAGCUUCAAGGACCAACCAUGGGCUAAUGCUGACUUCUCCUCUAAGAUCUUUUCACACUAACCUGAGCAAUGAUGAUGAUUCGACAAUACCUCUGCUGCGGCCUCAGGAGCUGAGGUGCCUAACCUAACCAACCUUUUGUCUCCUCUUUCUUAUCACCGAUGCCCUUCAAGCUUGCCCGUUUUCCUUAUGAUCAAGAUGGAAAAUUUAUCUGUCAUGUUCAUCUCGGCAUUUUUCAAUCGGGCAAAAUCUUGAUGAUUUGGUGCAGGUUGGCCGUCAUGGCGUCGGAAAGGCUACUGUUGCUGCAGCCCCACGACUGGACCCUGCGGAGGGACCACGGGAUGCUCCUGUACUACAGCAGGUAAGGCUUCUAGUCGUCAGGCAAAUCCUCUUGCUUUCGUCGUCGCGCGCGCUCAAUCGGAGUGGGGAGACUAACGGGCGACACUGCUGCAGGAGGUACGGGGAGGCGGUGCGGGAGCUGAGCAUCUGCAUGGCGUUCGCGCCGGAGGAGGAGGUGGAGGUGCUGGAGCCCUUCGUGGAGAGGCUCCACCUGCUGCGGCUGGAGUCCUCGUGGAAGCCCAUCGGCGGCAGGCAGGUCGCCCCUUGA